UGUCGUUGGGGGCCACGGCAGCCAAUCUGCGCCGUCCGUGUGGCGGCAGCCGUCACGCGUUUGUGGUUGACGGCGGUGGUGGUGGUGGUUGUUGCUGCUGCUGCUGCUGGUGGUGGUGGUUGUAAUUAUUGUUGUGGUUCUCAGCCCGCAGUGUUACUGUCGGCGGCGGCGGCGGCGACGAUGAUGAAGGCCGCGCUGACUGUGUGGCUCACGGCGUCGUGGGCAAUGGCCGAGGUCUUCUUCGAGGAGAGGUUCAGCGACGGCGAGGGAUGGCAGUCCCGCUGGGUAGAGUCCCAACACAAGUCCGACUAUGGAAAAAUGAGGCUCUCAGCCGGUGCCUUCUAUGGCGACGCAGAGAGAGACAAAGGCCUGCAGACGAGCCAGGACGUGCGCUUCUACGCCGUCUCCGCCGCGUUCCCGCCCUUCAGCAACAAGGGCCGCACGCUCGUGCUGCAGUUCAGCGUCAAGCACGAGCAGGACAUCGACUGCGGCGGCGGCUACGUCAAGCUUUUCCCCGCAGACCUCGACCAGCAGGACAUGCACGGCGACUCGCGAUACUACCUCAUGUUCGGCCCGGACAUCUGUGGGCCGGGCACGAAGAAGGUGCACGUGAUCAUCAACUACAAGGGCAAGAACCACCUCAUCAACAAGGACAUCCGCUGCAGGGACGACGAGUUCACGCACCUCUACACGCUGGUCCUGCGGCCGGACCAGACGUACGAGGUGAAGAUCGACGGCGAUCGCGUGGAGUCGGGCAGCCUCGAGGACGACUGGGCCGUGCUGCCCCCACGGAGGGUCGAGGACCCGCGGCCGUGCGCCCCGACGACUGGGAUUGAGCGGCCCUCCAUUGACGACCCCCACGACACCAAGCCCGAGGAUUGGGACCAGCCGGAGCACAUCCCUGACCCCGACGCCAAGAAGCCGGACGAUUGGGACGACGAAAUGGACGGGGAGUGGGAACCGCCCAUGGUGGAGAACCCCGACUUUAAGAGCGAGUGGAAACCCAAGCAGAUCAGCAACCCGGACUACAAGGGCACGUGGGUCCACCCCAAGUCCGACAACCCGGACUUCGCGUCCGACCCCAACAUUUACUAUUUUGACAACGGGGUGCUGGGUCUCGACCUCUGGCAGGUGAAGUCGGCUUGA